GCUCCCAUUGGCUGCGGCGCCGUGCGUCACGGCCUCGCCCCCCCGGCACCGCCCAUUCUGCACGGGGGGACAGUGCCCGGCACGCGGGGGGGGCUGUGACCGCACACGGCGAGGGCUCUGUCCUGCACACUGGGGUGCUGAGCCCCCACUGGGCUGUAUCGCUUCCCCCGCCCCUGUGCACAUACCGGGUGCUGCCCCCUUGUCUGCUGCACCCCUCUGUCCCCAUCUAUUCCCUUGCACACACCGGAGUGCACCCAUCCCCAGCGGCGCUGUACACCCCGGACCCUCCUGCACACCUUAAGGGGGUUCCCACCUCUAUUUUCCAUCUCCUAUGAGAUGAUAACCCCCCCAUUCCAUCUUCCCUCUGCCAGCCACGUCCUAUUUUCCCUAGCCCCCUGGGGUGCUAUGUCCCCCCCACACCCCUCUGCACACAGACAACACACAGCAUUGCUGUCACCCCUGAAGUCCCCCUUCCUCCUCCCCACCUCGGGAUGCUGCCCCCCAUUCCUGCCCUUGCCAUUCCUCACCGUACAAAUGCCGCCUCACUCAUUUUGGUGGAUUCAAUGAUCUUGGAGCUCUUUUGCAAUUUUAACAAUUCCACGAUUUCACGAUUUCCACCCUCCACCAUUUCCAUCUCUCUCAAGCUGGGGUGCUGCCCCCCUUCACGCACUGCCCCCCAGUCCCAGGCAGCCUUCGCUGCCUCCCGCCCUCUGCUAAGAGCUGGCACCGGCCCAAAGCUGCCGGUAACUUUCCAUUAUUCGGGCUCCGGUUCCGGCCAGCUGCGCUAUCCGGAUCGAUGGGCCGCUGGCCGGCACCCCACGGUCACGGGGGUGGGCGGUGUCCCCCACCCACAGCAAGGCUGGCCCUUCGGGAGGACACCGGCUGAGGAUGCGCCGUCCCCCGGGCGAGGCUGCAUGGCGGCAGUCGCUGCUGGCAGCUGGGGACACCGUCCGGCCGUCAUGUGCUUGUCACCUGGUGUCAAAAACGCUUCGGGAACGGCUUUUUAGGAUGGUUUGCGAGCAGGAUGUGAGUCAGGCAGGUGCUGCCGCUGGGCCCUUAUCUCUGCUCCACACCCGGGAGCUGCUUAUCUGGGAUCCCCAUGGGCCGUGGCGGGUGCCGCUGCCCCUCGCUGCUGCCGCUCAUCCCCGGGAGUGAAGGCUCCCGCACCUCUGCAGCCGAGAAGGAGAUGGGAGGAGCAGAAAAAAGGGAGAAGCAAUACCGAGUGCAUCAGGGAUCUGGGGAUCACCAUGCUGGAGUCGCCGGGGCCCACACAUAUUUCUACGCCGAUGAGGCCAAGUGUGACCAGCACAUGGAGACUUUCCUGCGGUGUAUUGAUGCCUCGAGUGGCAGCUCAGAGGAUGGCUUCUCUGCCAUCAAGCUGACAGCACUGGCCAGACCGCAGUUCCUGGUGCGUUUCUCAGAGGUGCUGGUGAAGUGGCGGAGGUUCUUCCACCAGAUGGCUGCAGAGGAGGGCCAGGCGGGGCGGGCAGUGCUGGACACAAAGCUGGAGGUGGAGAAGCUGCAGGAGGCGCUGGCCAAGCUCGGCAUUGCAAGCAAGGCAGAGAGCCAGCAGUGGUUCACCGGCCAGAGCCUGGGCACGAGCGGCACUGUGGACCUGCUGGACUGGAACAGCCUCUUUGACAGCCGCACCAAGCUCUCCAGGCCUCUGCUCAUCCCCAACAGGAAGACUGGGCAGCUGGAGCCUCUGCUGUUGCGCUUCAGCGAGGAGGAGGAGCUGCAGAUGAAAAGGGUGCUGCAACGCAUGGAUGUCCUUGCAAGGAGAGCCAUGGAGAAGGGCGUGAGGCUGAUGGUAGACGCAGAGCAGAGCUACUUCCAGCCAGCCAUCAGCCGCCUCACGGUGGAGACGCAGCGCCGCUUCAACGGGAGCCAGCCCAUCAUCUACAAUACCUACCAGUGCUACCUGAAGGAGGCUUACAACAACGUGACGGGGGACGUGGAGCUGUCGCGCCGGGAGGGCUGGCACUUCGGCACCAAGCUGGUGCGUGGCGCCUACAUGGAGCAGGAGAGGGAGAGGGCGGCUCAGAUGGGCUACGAGGAUCCCAUCAACCCAACCUAUGAGAAGACCAACGAGAUGUACCACAGGUGUCUGGACUACGUGCUGGAGGAGAUCAAGCACAGCCGCAAAGCCAGCGUGAUGGUGGCGUCUCACAACGAGGACACCGUGAAGUUCACCCUGCGCAGGAUGAUGGAGCUGGGGAUCCAUCCCUCGGACAAGAAGGUGUGCUUUGGGCAGCUGCUGGGCAUGUGUGACCAGAUCACCUUCCCCCUGGGCCAGGCUGGUUUCCCCGUGUACAAGUACGUGCCCUACGGGCCGGUGAACGAGGUGCUGCCCUACCUGUCCCGCCGGGCCCAGGAGAACAGGGGCUUCAUGCAGCGUGCCAACCGCGAGCGGGACCUGCUCUGGAAAGAGGUCAAGAGGCGUCUCCUCACAGGAAACCUCUUCAGCCACUGACCCCAGCCUCGGCCCUGGGCUCCCGUACCUUUGUCCUGAACCGCUGUCACCAUACCCCACCCCGGCUCUGCUGCAGCUCCCCCAUUCCCUUUGCCCUGGGAGACAAGUGUCCUUGUUGCUGUUGAACCACUCACGCCUUCGGUGGCCUCUGGGAUAGCCCCCACUGGCAUUGCUCCAGGGAUGUCCCUCUGCCAUCCCACGGCUGUCCCUGGGGAGAUGCUGGGGCUCUCCUGCCAUCCCGCCCUGUGCCUUGAUGAACGCUGUCCUGGUGUUUUUUCCCUGGCAGGAUUGCACAGGGUGAUUUAUCCUAUUGCCUUGUGCCCAUGGGCCCAGGUCCAGGUGGGCUGGGUGACUUGGGGACAAGCUGGCCUCAGCCAGAAGCUCCUCCAGCCUCUGCCAGGGUUGGAGCUUAGCCCCCACCAGGCCUCUGAAGGGACAGGAUCAGCCCCUGCUGCCUGUCCCAGACAGCUGCCUGCCUGCUCACUGGCUUUGCACUGACCAGGGCUGGGCAGGUCCAGGCUCUCCCCCAGCCCACUGGGAUGAGCUCCUGGGGUUGUCCAUCCUCAGGCACACAUCCAGUGGAGCAGGAGGGGUGCAGGGAGUGGGCUGGCCCCAUCCCUGCACCAUCCCUGCCCGCAGUCCCUGGUUCUAAUGAUGGACCACGGCAGUGGGAGCACCCAGAGCUGGACCACAGCUCGUAUCUGCUGUACACUGGAUUUGUAGAGAAUGGAAAUGAUUAAAUCACAACUGUUCCUGC